CGUGGCGGCGCUGGGCGGGGCUGCCCGGCUGGGCGGGCAGAGAUCGGACAUGGACGACCGGCAGUACGAGCUGACGGCCGAGCAGAGGGCGGUCAAGGACAAGUACCCGCCCGUGAGCAAGAAGUACGAGUAUUUGGACCACACCGCUGAUGUUCAGUUGCACUCAUGGGGUGAUACAGUAGAAGAGGCUUUUGAACAGGCUGUAAUGGCAAUGUUUGGCUAUAUGACAGACAUAGAAACUGUGCAGCCAUUAAAGACACUUGAAGUAAAGGCUGAAGGACAUGACAUGUUAUCUCUACUCUAUAAUUUCAUGACUGAAUGGCUGUAUCAGUUCAGCGCAGAAACAUUUUUUAUUCCAAGGGAGAUGAAAGUGGUUCAAAUAGACAGAACUAAUUAUACAAUUCGAUCAAUAGGAUGGGGUGAAGAAUUUGAUCUGGCCAAGCAUCCUCAGGGCACUGAAGUGAAAGCUAUCACGUACUCUGCAAUGCAGAUUCACGAGGAGGAAUCACCUCAAAUUUUUGUUAUCAUAGAUAUUUGAUUUUUAUUUCUGUUUUCAUUUCUGACUGUUGAAAACUGUGUACAAAGUAUUUUUUUCAAUACUUGUAAUGGAAAUAAUGUUCAAAAGUGUGCUAAUAUCAGGCGAACUAUCUGCUAAGCAAAGAUUCUUUAAUUUAUUAAAAGAAAUUAAUUUACCAAACUGGUUGAAGGAAAUCCAGAUAUCUACACUACUUGGUGAAGCAUGAUCAGAACGGUGAUGCAGUAAAUUAGAAAGGUGUGUGCUGUGCUGGAUAAGUAUAUCCCAUCCACUUGGAAUAAUUCUCAUUUGGUAGACUAGUCAACUGUAAAUGAUAUUUUUAAAUGAUAUAUUUUUAAAUGCCAUAUUCCUUUUACUUCUCACCAUUAUGAAAUGGAUGGACACUUUUACUUUUUGGGCAGGGCUUGUAAUCCAGUUGUUUGUUUGUUUGACGUGCUUGUGGAUUGAAUGUUGGGAGUUGUGGGUUGCUGGUAAAGUUUUUAAUACUGGUUGGAUUUUUUUGUAGAUCAGAUCUGAAACCUUUAGGAAGUGAAAUGUUCGGACAUUUAAACAUUACCCUAGCAAGCCUGAACUUGUUGCAGGUGUUGUAGGUGGAGUGGCCUGACCUGCAGAAUGAUGUGGCGUCUCUGAGAAUUAAUGUGAAAGGAAUCGAGGACUCAGGAUAAAAUAUGAAUAACAAUCAAACUCAAAGGAGGAUGGGAAACCAUUAAGCCAACACUGAAAGUUUCCCAGUGGAAAUACACUGAUUUUUUAAAAAAUCUACAAAUCAAUUAGUUGAGCAAAAAGCAAAAAUGUUUGGAUGCUGGAAAUCUGAAGUAACAGAAUGCUUGAAAUACUCAGUAGGUCAGGCAGCAUCUGGAGGACAGAGGAAAAAUGUGGCAGAAAGGUCAUAAACUUAUUCAGUUCUGAUAAAAAUAGGAAAGGCAGGUUACCUGAAAUUGUGGACUUCACUGCUAAGUCCAGAGGCUGUAACAUGCCUGUUUGUCGAGCUUGUGUUCAGCUUCUUUGGAACAGGUUAGGAUGCCAGCUAAUGUUCCACCCCUAACAUUCCAGAUCCAUCUGUGUUUCCAGGUAAGGCCAAGGUAAUCAGCAUUUCUUGAAUCAUUGUUUUUGUUGCAUGCUGAGAUCCAAAUGUAAUGCCAUUUCACAGCACAUGCCUGCUCUUGUGCUUGCUCUCAAAUGAUCAUCCACAUACUACGUAGAUGUUGAGAGUCUCUAUCUCCACCAGCCCCUCAGGUAGUGUGUUACUCAUUCCAACCACCCUCUUCCAGGACCUGCAGUGUUUGGUAUCACAGUUUCAGUGUUAUUUUUCUCCUCUGUUCUCAUUCUUUUCCCAUUUACACCUUCUGCAGACAGAUCAGCUGCAAAUCUUCCCCACCCUGUACUAGCAGACACCACCACCACUUGCGUCAUUCAGUCUCUCGUGGUCUCCGUUCUAUCACAGACACUUCUUCCCCCGCCCCCCCCCCCCCCCCGGCAACUUAAACCAUGUUUGAUUUCUACCUUUUCCUAAUGCUGCUGAAAGAUCCUCAGCCUGGAAGAUAAACUCAGCUUCCCCUCCACGGAUGUCACCUGACCUACUGGUCAUUUCCAGCAAUUUAAAGCAGUGUGGGUUUGGGAUGUGAUCCUUUCAAAACAAAUGGGAUUAUUUGUAGACAAAGUGAUUUUAAUCUUCUUUGCUUUUACAAAAGUUCUUUGCUGUGUUAAGGGAAUUCUUGCUUUCGGUUGCGGUUACCACAAAAAUUUGACUUUUACAGUUAGAUGUAUCCUGAUUAUGAAUUAUUCCAAGUGUUCUUAAUUAAGUUUUGUAAAUAUAAUGUGCAGUUUUUAAGUUAUAACAAUAAAGCUGUUACAGAAUGCUUUUUGGUUC